CAACAACAAUGAGGCGACUAGAAGCAAUGAAGAUUCUUCUUUUUGCGGUCUUGUCUGUGGCAUUGACUUCUGGGCAUAUCAACAUCCAAGUCAGCCAAGUGUCUACAGCACUGAACAUAAACUGCACCGUCUCUGACCCGACAGGAAAGAAUAUUUCUCACGUGAUCAGUGUGGUCAUUUCAAGAGUCAGUGGAACAGAAAAGAGUGUGCUCGCCUCUGUCUCCUCAUAUGACAAAUUAAAACCGAUUUCACAUGUUCAGAGUGGUACGGUAUCUGGCAUCAUCCAGGACGAAGCAGCCUCAGAGAGUUUUUUGGGCAUCCUCUGGGACCACAGCGAUCCGAGCCAAACAGGAACGUACACCUGUGAAGCCAACGCCGUCGGGAAAGACUUUCUCCCCGUAGUCCUAACGACCAGUAAGCAGAUCACAGUCCAGAGUGUGGAACCAAGCGUCAUUGCACAUCCGUGGGUUAUCCAGCUUGGGCUGACGAGAGAACUGCAGCUGACAUGUGCAGUGGACGACCCUCCCUCAGUGGGUAUAUCGACGCCGAUAUCAGUAACCUUAUUCCGGGUCCAUGGCCAAACGGAGCAGGUUCUGUCUACAGUGAGUGCUUUUGGGCCUGCUGCUCUCAUGCCGGGUGUGACCGGAGCCACAGUCGAGGGUCAGAUAGGAACUGGUCAAAGAUAUUCCCAUAUCUACCUGAAAAUGUCUUGGAUAUAUCCGGACUCACACUUAACUGGCAAAUACAUUUGUGAAAUAGCAGGAACUGACUACAGAGGAAACCCCGUGUUGAUAAAGAAUUCUGCCACCGUGGCAACAGUGGAACCUCCUCGGGAACAACUGGUGGAAAAGAUUAAUAAUCUGGACUCUCAGCUGCAGCAAAAUACUGAACUACUGGAUCAACUCGAGAACAAUCCUGUUCUUUUCCCCAAAAUUAGCAAGUGCGACGACCUCAAUCUUACGAAUGGGACGCAGAUCGUGAGUUUGUUCCCUCCAGAUAACCAAAGCCGUGUCAAUGUCGUCUGUCAGUUCAACGGCCUUAAGGACACUUGGACUGUGUUCCAGAACCGCUUUGACGGGAGCGUUGACUUCUUUAGAAAUUUCUUUGACUACGAAAACGGUUUCGGGAAUAUGACAGGAGAGUUCUGGAUGGGUCUCAAGACCUUGAGGCGAUUAGUGCAGGGCGGAGAUUACGAGCUUCAGGUGGAUUUGGUCAGCAACAACGGAACUUCUUACGUCAGGAACUACCCACAUUUCAGCAUCGGCCCUGGUCCGGGAUACCAACUCACAGUCAGUGGCUAUAAUGACAGUUGGGAAGGCCUGACAUACCACUCUGGUCACAAUUUUUCCACUUUCGACAAAAACCCCAGGUGUCCCAAUAUGGGUCACGGUGGGUUCUGGUACAAUGACUGCGUCCAAGUAAAUCUGAACGGUCGAUGGGGAGUUGACUCGUUUGAAGGUAUCUGGUGGGCCGAGAUAAGUGGCGUAGGAAAGAACUUCUGGUUCCAGCAAACCACCAUGAAAUUCAAACUGAAAUCAUAGGUUGACAGUUUCUUCCAGGGCGGAAGCUAGAUUCAUGUUUGCUUUCAACAAGUACUCAAUCAAAUAAUAUACUUCCAAAAAUCUGUGCAGGAGCAUGCAAAACAUUUCCAAUGCUGUAACUUUCCUUUGUGAAAAUAAACGAAUGCUGUUGUUAUAUCGUAAAACGAUCGAGAUUAAACAAGGAGAGUCAAUUAACAA